GAAAGAGACACAGAACUUUCUGUUAAAGCUCUGUAUUGAAAGCGCUAAUUAUAACAAUAACCCACAUCUCCAACAUAAAUUCCUUCCCUUUAUAACCCCCUUUUUGUUUCUUCUCCUCAAAUUAUUUGUCUUAAUUUCCCCCCUUAAACCCACGUGAGACCUUACAUCUAUUUCUUUUGCCACUUUUUUUUUACUCUCAAACUUGCUGAAAAUGGUUAUGGAAAAUGGGUUUUCAUCACCAAGAAGUGAUGCAUUUCCUUCUGGUUUGAGGGUAUUGGUUGUUGAUGAUGAUCCUACUUGGUUAAAAAUUCUUGAAAAGAUGCUUAAGAAAUGCUCCUAUGAAGUGACUACAUGUGGAUUGGCUAGCGAAGCCUUGAAGUUGCUUCGUGAUCGAAAGGAUGGUUUCGAUAUUGUCAUAAGUGAUGUUAAUAUGCCCGACAUGGAUGGAUUUAAACUCCUUGAGCAUGUGGGACUCGAAAUGGAUCUUCCAGUAAUCAUGAUGUCUGUGGACGGAGAAACAAGUAGGGUAAUGAAAGGAGUCCAACACGGAGCUUGCGACUAUCUACUGAAACCCAUACGAAUGAAGGAACUUAAGAAUAUAUGGCAGCAUGUGAUGAGGAAACGAAUGCAGGAAGUACGAGAUAUUGAUUGUUUCGAAGAUAGAAAUGGAACAGAUCAUUAUGACGGACAUUCUGGAGGUGAUCAAAUUUCUUUGAAGAAAAGAAAAGAUGUCGAAAACAAACAUGACGAGAAAGAUUCGAGUGAUCCUUCCACGGCAAAGAAAGCUAGAGUUGUUUGGACAGUCGAGCUCCAUCAAAAAUUUGUCGAAGCUGUAAAUCAGUUAGGAAUUGACAGUGACAGUAAAAUCGGUCCAAAGAAGAUACUGGACAUGAUGAAUGUUCCGUGGUUAACAAGAGAAAAUGUUGCGAGCCAUUUGCAGAAAUACCGACUGUAUUUGAGUAGGAUACAGAAGGGAGAUAAACUCGAAAGCUCUUGUGGUGGAAAGAAGAAUCCGGAUCAUUCCUUCAAAGAGUCCAGUGGAAUACUUGGUCUUCCGAACCCCUCUUUUGGGCAAGUUAACGACAUUAGUAGUAAGAAUGUAUAUCGGGGAAAUCAGUUGCCCAUUGAGACUGUAGAUUCUAGACCUCUUGACAGUAAACCUGAGAGCAGCAAAUUUUUGCCAUUGACUGAACAUAGAGUAUGUUUUAGUUCUGAGAGUUCUGAUCCUCAGAAUGCUAGAUUAGGCCUCACCCAUACGUUUGGGUCGUCAGAUAUGAACAUCAAGCAUGCAUCAUUUGACUCUCCUGUAGCUAGUCGGUACCCUUGGAGCAGAGAAGCUACAGAUUUACGGUUCGAACCUGAUUUUAAGGCCAUUCCGAAAUUGGAUACCUGUUUCAACCAGCCGGUAGAGUGCAUAUUACAGCAGCAGAUCAGUCCAGAUCUCCUUGACCCUGCUCCACACGUCGGUCCUAAUCUUCUCGAGCCUGCUUCACACAUAAGAAAUGAUGUUCUAGAGCCUGUUUUACAUGUCAGUCUUGGUCCUUCAGUAAGUGAAACCAACCAGUUAAACCUCAUUAAUAACAAACCAUUGAAUGUGAAGGAGGGUCGAUGUGAUACCGGGAAAGUAUCCCACUUGGAAAGUACACCCGAGUCUUUUUCUGUCUCAAACGUCGAUGCUUUUGGACGUAUUUUUGACACGAAGAAUCGGAACUUUAGUCAGGGAGUCGACGAUAUGAAGGAACAACAGCCAUUGUUCGAACGAUUUCCUACACAGUAUGAAGAGAAUCAUCUUAUAGACACACAAGGUUUUGAGCCUAGCUCUGUUGGGGCCCUAGAGAUGAAAAGGCAGACUUCCUUUCUAGGUAACUUAACCGCAGAGACUACUGAAUAUGAGCUAAGAAACCAGAUUUUAAGGUGUGAAUCGCCCUCUAGACUCCUGGGUGAGGAUUUGAUUCAUCGUUUGAUACAAUGUGGUGAUGUUACUUCAAAAGAUUUCGGGUUUGAUGGCAUAGGAAUUGCAGGAUGCAGUUUUGCAGAGCACGAUUUCUACAGCGCUUUGCCACUGUAUCUACCAAAGUUGGGUACCGAGUAUCCUAUAGAUUGGACGGAAUACCCUCUUGAUCAAGGGCUAUUAUUCUCUUGAUCACGAAAUAAUCGCGCUCAUAAUAGAGACCUCCAAGAUGUGAUCUUUUGGCGCUGCUAGAUGCUGGAUUAUAACCCUAACUGUUCUGAGAGUAUAGAGGACUCUUGAGCCAUAUACAACAUUGGAAGUUAUUUAUAAAGCAUGUGUUUUUUGUAACAUUUAUGUACAUUAUAUGAUGAUAAUGAAGGUUUGCCCACCU